AUGAGAGCAAGAUCCUGGUUGUAUGGAACAGGGUGUCUUAGAAGCUUCAUAGCAGACUAUGGGGUUCCAUUGAUGGUUGUAGUGUGGACAUCACUCUCUUUCUGUGUACUAAGCAAAGUUCCAUCUGGUGUUCCUAGAAGGCUCUGUAUCCAACUCUUAUGGGAUUCUAAAUCUUUAUACCAUUGGACUGACAUGGGCAAGGUUCCUCCAGUUUAUAUCUUGGCUGCCUUCAUCCCAGCAGUUAUGAUAGCUGGGCUCUAUUUCUUUGACCAUAGCGUUGCUUCAACGAACAAAGAGUCAGAAACUUUCUACAAUCGAUUCUCUUAG